AAGGCCAAAAGUAGGAAAAGCCAAACUAGGAAUAAUCCUUUUAUUUGAUAUAUACAAUACAAUAUGAAACCUUUAACAACCUUAACGACUUUGUUCCCUCCAAAACAAUUUUAUAACUGCAAAUCUUUAAUCCAUGACAAUUCCAGUACCAUCACUCACAGUAGUGCCUUUUUCUUGCCAAAAUUUCAACACAAAGUAUUCAAGAAAAUACACAUUUAGUCCAAUUGAAUUUGACCCUCUUUCUCUUAUACCCAAAAUCAAAUCUUUAAGAGACCUCAAGCAAAUUCAAGCCAUUUCCAUAAAAACCCACAAGCAAAAUGAUAUCUUUUUUAUGAGUAAGCUCAUAAAUUUUUGUACAACUAAUCCAACACCUGCUUCUAUGCACUAUGCACACCACUUGUUUGAUAAAAUUCCUCAACCAGAUAUAGUCCUUUUUAACUUUUUGGCUCGUGGAUAUGCUCGUAGUGACACCCCAUUAUAUGCUUUUGUUGUGUUCUUGAAAAUUCUAACAUUAGGUAUUGCUCCUGAUUUUUAUACAUUUCCUUCUUUGUUGAAGGCUUGUGCAGGUUCAAAAGCUUUAGAGGAAGGUAAACAAUUGCAUUGUUUCUUGAUUAAAUAUGGCCUUAACGACGAUAUUUAUGUUUGUCCUGCACUUAUGAAUAUGUACAUUGAGUGUAAUGACAAUGGUUCAGCUCGACGCGUUUUUGAUAGGAUAGUGGAACCUUGUGUGGUAAUGUAUAACGCGAUCAUAAUGGGAUACGUGAGAAGUAGCGAGCCAAAUGAGGCUCUAUCGUUGUUUCGCAAAUUGCAAGUGAAAAAAAUUAAGCCUACUGAAGUUACGAUUCUAGGUGUUGUUUCAUCGUGUGCUUUGUUGGGUACAUUGGGAUUUGGAAAAUGGGUGCAUGAAUAUGUUAAGAAGAACGGGUUUGAUCGAUGCGUUAAGGUGAAUACAGCACUUAUUGAUAUGUAUGCAAAGUGUGGGAGCUUACCUGAUGCGAUUUCUGUUUUUGAAAGCAUGAGUUAUAAGGACACACAAGCAUGGUCAUCAAUGAUAAUGGCUUAUGCUAUUCAUGGUCGUGCUCGUUGUGCAAUAUCUUUGUUUCAAGAGAUGCAGAAAGCACGAGUUAGUCCUGAUGGAAUUACAUUUUUGGGUCUACUCUAUGCCUGCAACCACAGAGGAUUGAUCGAAGAAGGUUUUAGAUUUUUCAAUAGCAUGAAAGAGAACUACAGGAUUGUACCGGGCUUGAAACACUAUGGAUGCAUGUUGGAUUUGUUAGCUCGGGCUGGCCGACUUACUGAUGCAUUUAACUUUUUAAUGGAAUUGCCAAUUAGGCCUACAGUUUUACUUUGGCGGAUAUUGUUAGCUGCUUGCAACAUCCAUGGAAAUGUCGAUUUGGGGAAGUUGGUACUUGAACGAAUCUUUGAAAUGGACAAAUCACAUAGUGGCGAUUACGUGAUUUUUUCAAACAUGUGUGCACGAGCUGGGAAGUGGGAAGAAGUGAAUUAUAUCUGGAAAGUAAUGAAAGUUAGAGGGAUUAAAAAAAUUCCUGGCUGUAGUUCGAUAGAGGUUGACAAUGUACAGCAUGAAUUCUUCUCUGGGGAGGUUACGCGUAUUGAGCACAGGGAGCUGCACCAGGAAGUUGACAAGUUAAUUGAGAAAUUGAAAUUGGUUGGUUAUGUUCCUGAUACUUCUAUAUCUUUUCGUCCUGGAUUAGAAGAUGAAGAUAAAGAAGCUACUUUGAGGUACCACAGUGAAAAAUUGGCAAUUACUUUUGGUCUUCUUAAUAGUCCACCUGGAAAAACAAUUCGCAUUGUUAAAAACCUUAGAAUCUGUGGGGAUUGCCAUUCAGCUGCAAAAUUCAUAUCACUUAUCUUUAAACGACAUAUUAUUAUCAGAGAUAUGCAACGGUUUCAUCAUUUUGAAGGCGGAAAAUGUUCUUGUGGGGAUUUUUGGUAACAUCAACAGGAGCAAAUGCAGAAUUUUCUUGUGAUAAUUGGGUGUUCUCAUCAGAUAUCAAAAUAAUUUGUCUCACAUAUUUGUUUUGCUAGUGAAAAGCCAAGCCCGAGGUUAUAAAAUAAAUUGAAGACCUGAUAAGUAGCACGCAAGAGAACUGGCCGACACUAGCCUGUCCAAGAAAUAACGGGACAAGAUUCUGGUCACAUGAAUGGGAAAAACACGGUACCUGUUG